AUGACUGCGAAAUCUCCGAGUCUCUACAAUGUAACUACAAGAGAGUUCUGGCAUGGGCCUAGAUGGUACGACUGGGACAGUAUCAUUUUCGACGUGCAGGUGAUGGACAGUCGCCCUAUCCUGUACGAAAGAGGUUGCCAGAUCGACGGCAACAAAUCCCGACAUGACUGCACUGCAGCCUGCUCCAACCCAAAAGAAGUGUGGACUAACAACUCCUAUACUCUCUAUAACUGUAUGGUGUACCCUAUCCUUGCCCAGCUUAUACACUCUGGCAGCAUCAUUGGUAAGAACUCAUCUGGUGCUGCAGAGUUUAAUAUUGUCAACGACAGCACUUCGGAGCUGUUCGCUGGAUGGCCAGUCAUCACGACGUGUCUUACAGAUUACUGUCACGACAAUCCACAGCUCCCUGCCUGCAUAGCAAAAGACUCGAAAACGAAAGCAUCCAAUUCCGCAUAUGCCAAGAAGCACAGACUCACAUAUCACGAAUUGGAUUUCAACGUCGACAUCUGCCACAACCUCAAUGCAGCGAUCAAUCCAGAUAUCGGAGGCAUCGGUGUGUUCGUCUCCUAUCUCAUGCAAAUCGCCAUUGUGCUCUCAGCGUGGGGUUUGUGGCAUAUCACCGAGCACUGGGCUCGAUACUUCUACUUCGCCUAUUGGCGAAUGUCCAGGAAGAAUGCACCCCAGGCCUGGUCAUUAGCCGACGCCGCACAAGCCAAGCUCAAGGACUCCGAAGUCCACAACGCUCUACUUGAAGCACUCGCAGACUUCCAGAAAGCGCAAGUGUUCUUCAUGCUUGCCGUUCAAAUCGCUUGUAUGAUUGCGCUUCACGACCUAGCAGACAUCCAGAGCACUUCGUGGCAGCAAUUCUGGAACAACAUUGGAAUUUUCUUCAACCUUGCCGUGGGAGGCUAUCUUCCCGUUCUGCUAGGUUUGAUGAUUCUGAGACAAAUGGGCAGGAAGGACAGCUACUCUUUGAUCGUCUCCACGUGCUCUGUAGGGCUCGCAAUCGUGACAUGGCUCACCACGUGGGAAUUGACAAUUCACCGGAGUGAGAUACAGAAAGUCGACAUCAAGAGCGUAGGGCCACCUUCUUGUAAUGGCAUUGCUCCGACACAGUACUGCUGGUCGUUCGACUGGUUCUGGCAAAACGCGGUCGCGUCGUCGAGAGGUUUUGGCAUGAUCGCGUUUGCGUUGGUCGUGCAGCUUUGCAUGAUUAUCGAUCACUUGACAGUCUUCAAGCCAGCUGGAGCGAGUGACGACGACCGUAAACGACAGAAUUUGUUCCAAGUCACACGGGACUGGCUACUUCAUCGCCAGGAAUGGGAAUACUACGAAAACCUCGUCCAGCACCAACGGUGCCUCAUCUGGCUAGCGAAGAUGAAGCUCGAUACCCGCCAUUCUCUUCUCACGAGGUCCAAAUGGUUCGUUUUACUCGGUACUGAGAUGGCAUUGAUAUCGCUGAGUAUAUUGCUGCUGAAGGCCUAUGGACGCUUGCUCGUGAAUCACGGCGUACUGGGCUAUCUCGUGCUUGACCAUAAAGCCUGGUCUCUGGGACAGAUCAUCGCCGUGACCAUAUGGGUGCCUGUACUCGUGAAAUUUGUAUGGGAUACACUGAAGGGUGGCAGGAAUGCAGAUGGAGGCAAAGGAGGUAUCGCCAGUGGUCCAUACAACAGGAGCUAUACGGGGUCGACGGUUGGUGGUGGUGCUUCUUCAUAG